AUGGAAUUUUUAGAAUAUAACGAUGUGUCUGCGGAGAUUAAAGGUGCUAUGGUGCCAGGAAGAUUAAAAAUGACAGAUCAGAAUAUUAUAUUCAAAAACAGCAAAACUGGAAAAGUGGAACAGAUAUCAGCUAAUGAGAUUGAACUUGUCAAUUUUCAAAAGUUUAUUGGAUCUUGGGGGCUUAGGGUAUUUUUAAAAAAUGGUACUUUGCACAGAUAUGGUGGCUUCAAGGAAGGGGAGCAAGAUAAAGUGGCAAAGUUUUUCAAGAACAACUACAACAAAGACAUGUUAGAGAAGGAGCUGUCACUAAAAGGCUGGAACUGGGGUACAGCUAAGUUUAAUGGGGCUGUGCUCAGCUUCAAUGUCGGAUCUAACACAGCUUUUGAGAUUCCUCUACAUUAUGUAUCACAAUGUAACACAGGCAAGAAUGAAGUCACAUUAGAGUUUCAUCAAAAUGAUGACACACCAGUAUCAUUAAUGGAAAUGCGGUUCCACAUACCCACAAGUGAGCUGGCCGGCGACAUGGACGCGGUAGAAGCAUUCCACCAACAGGUCAUGAACAAGGCCUCUGUCAUAUCGGUAUCGGGCGACGCCAUUGCCAUCUUCAGAGAACUACAGUGUCUUACUCCUCGUGGUAGGUACGACAUCAAAGUUUUCCAAACAUUUUUCCAACUCCAUGGUAAAACAUUUGACUACAAAAUCCCGAUGUCGACAGUUCUACGAUUAUUUCUGCUACCACACAAGGAUACGAGGCAAAUGUUCUUUGUAGUGUCAUUAGACCCUCCGAUCAAGCAGGGUCAAACAAGAUAUCACUACUUGGUGCUAUUGUUUGGCAUUGAAGAGGAAACCAGUCUAGAGCUGCCAUUUACAGAGGAGGAGUUAAAAGACAAAUAUGAAGGCAAAAUUACAAAAGAGCUGUCAGGACCCACAUACGAAGUGCUAGCUAAGAUUAUGAAAGUUGUCAUCAACAGAAGAGUCACAGGCCCUGGUGAUUUCUUAGGACACCACAAGACGCCGGCGAUCGCGUGCUCGUACAAGGCGGCGGCGGGCUACCUGUACCCGCUGGAGAAGGGCUUCAUCUACGUGCACAAGCCGCCCGUGCACAUCCGCUUCGAGGAGAUCGCCUCCGUCAACUUCGCGCGCGGCGGCACCUCCUCCACCAAGUCUUUCGAUUUCGAGAUAGAACUAAAAGCGGGCAGCGUCCACACAUUCAGCAGCAUAGAGAAGGGAGAGUACGACAAGCUGUUUGACUACAUCACAUCUAAGAAGCUGCAUGUAAAGAACACCGGCAAAAACGACAAGGCGCUGUACGACGACGACUUCGGCGACUCGGACACGGAGAAGGAGCCGGACGCGUACCUCGCGCGCGUCAAGGCCGAGGCCAAGGAGCGCGACAGCGACAGCGACGACGACGAGAGCACCGACGAGGACUUCAACCCCGACAAGGCCAACGAGAGCGAUGUGGCCGAGGAAUAUGAUACUAAUCCAUCAUCGUCCGAAGACUCUGAUGCUUCAGCUGGGUCUACAGAUAGUAAAAAGGAAAAGAAAAAAGAAAAGAAACCUAAAAAGACUAUAACUAUUUCGGAAGCGCCACGCAAACGCAAAGAGAAGUCGAAGAAGCGCGAGAAGGACGCCAACGCGCCCAAACGCCCCGCCACGGCCUUCAUGCUGUGGCUCAACGAGAACCGCAAGCGUAUCAUGGAGGACAACCCCGGGGUCAAGGUCACCGACGUCGCCAAGCGCGGCGGCGAGCUCUGGCGCGACCUCAAGGACAAGUCGGAAUGGGAAGAGAAAGCCAACAAAGCGAAAGAAGAAUACAAUCAAGCGAUGAAGAAGUACAAAGAGAGUGGUGCAGCCGACGAGUUUAAGCAGAAAAAAAAACAAGCGGACAAGGAACGUAAGAGUGCAGAGAAGAAGUCCAAGGCGCCACCGACUAAGAAGGCGAAGAACACUAGCUCUAGUUCUGGACCAACGUCUUUCAAGAGUAAGGAGUAUAUCGAGGAUGAUGACAGCUCCUCAGACUCUGGCAGUGACAAGAAAGAAAAGACAACUAAAUCUAGUGAAGAAUCUAAAAAAGAGAAAGCGAAACAUUCCUCAUCUGAAGCGGCGUCAUCGGGUUCCGGCGAAGGGAGUGGCAGUGGGAGCGAUAGUGAU